GUCAACAACAAACACCAACCGGUACACCUCGCUAAAAAAAACAAUCUACCUAAUCUUAAUCUCUUCCCUACCCAACCCGCCACCAUGCAGCUCACCAACAUCCUCGUCUCCGCCCUCCUCGCGGCCGGGUCGGCCGUGGCGGCGCCCGUGCCCGAGGCGGUCUCGGCCAUGGCCGCGGUGCCGGAGUGGACGAUCGAGAGCCUGCAGCGGGUGUGCGACGCGGCGGACGACGCGUGCACGUGGUCGUUCGGGAUCAACACGCACCUGGAGCCGGAGCCGGCGACGCCGUGCUCGUUCGUGGCGCGCCGCGGGGCCCGGCCCGCGAGCCAGUCGGACACGGUCGGCAACGCCUGCGGCCGCUUCACCGUCAGCUCCGGCUGGAGCGACUACUUCGGCCCCGACAACGGCUUCACCACCCUCAGCGUCGUCGACUACGCCGCCCGCCUCAUCGUCUGGCCCGCCUACACCGACCAGCAGCUCGCCGACGGCCGCGUCGUCUCCCCCGACCUCAGCUUCGCCCCCGCCACCCUCGCCUAGAGGGAGAGCGGGCAGAGCCGCAGAGAGCUUGUGGAGGGUCGCCUCGUGCGGAAUAGGAACGAGGAGAGCAAGGGGAGAGAAGGACGGGAGGACAGACAGCGGUCGAAGGGUAUAGAUGGGGGUCACGACCUGAUGGAAUGGAUCGAGUGGCGCAAUGCUUAGACACGAUGGCAACGGGCUUUACAUGAUGACACUGGAGAGGAAAAAGAGAGCUUUAAAUAAUCGCUAAU